AUGACCACCACAGGAGAUACAUCAACCAUGGAUGUCGCGCGCAAAGCCUUCGCUAACAGACGGGAUAGCUUUGUUGUAUAUAUCCAGGAACUGUCGACGGGGGACCCCUUGGGUCAAGAUGUCGGUGCAAUCCAGUACCAGCUGCGACGUAUAGCCCACUCGCUUUCAACGUGGACCGACUAUCAAGGUGAUCCCAAUCAGGCCCCUUGCCCUUGCUUUGCUGACCGGUGCGCCAAGCUCGCAGAAGUUGUCAUAGAAGUCGCUGAUCGGGUCACUAUACAGGACGAGCAGAUCCCGGUCAUGACCAUGAAAAUGUUCAAUAUGCUGGCUAUUCAACUGGGACGACUAACAUUAGACGGUCAUCGUGAGGAGGACGUGUACGCGCUGGGAUUCGAUCGCAUGGCAAGAGAAGAAGACCGUAGGUGGGAGAUCAAAUCCCAGGGACCUGAUGACGGUAGAGCUGCGCUCCUCUUCGGUCUGUGGACUCGUUUGAAUCGGAUCGCGGAGCCCGAUCCCAGUUGCACCUGUGACCUCGGAGUGUCUGCAUGCUCGGGCCAAAGCUUGAUUGGAUGCUAG